GAGAUACAUUGAAAAAAUAAGUUUUCAAAAAUUAAAGAACAACAAGUAUGCCCCUUAACAUAUUGCUUGUUUCUUUUUUUAUAAGGUCUCCAAGACAAAUCUUUGAAUUUCGAUAUCAUAAAUCCCUUAUUAAUAAAAAAAUAUAACUCGUUGAUAUUACAAAACUACAUAUUAAGGCGAAUCUAACAAGAUGCAAAAUAAAUAUGUUUUUUGUAUAUAUUAAUGAGAAUAAUUAGUUAAAAAUUUUAAAAUUUAACACACCUAAAAAAAACCGGCAGUAUAUCUAAAAAUAGUUUUUUUUGGUGAGCACAUCUAAAAUUAGCGAUUGAUGCACAACUUUCAAAACCAAAAUAUUUAUUGUAUAGUAAUUGUUAUCUUAGGACAUAAUACUUUCACGCUCAUCUUAAUUUAUCCUUUCUACCUCUCUCUUUACUCAAGCCACAAUUAUAUUUUUAAUCUUAAUAUAUCCUUUCCAUCUCUCUCUCUCUCUCUCUCUCUUUCUCUCUAACAACUUGCAUUAUAUUCAUUAACUACCACCCAAAAAAAAAAAUCCCAUAUCAUCUCUUCACAUUCUUUGCUAAAUUUAUGUCGACAAAAUUGUUUUCUAAGUUAAUCUCUUCAUAAGCUCCAUCCCUACCUUACUUGCACCUAUUUUUCAUAAAACGGAAAAUCCAAGGAAUUAUUUUCUUUUUGAUAACAAAAUCAUAAUCUUCCUCCACAAACAUUAUCCAUUUUUUUCUUUUGCAAACUCACGACGUUGAUGAAACAAAGACAUAUGUAUUCAACCUAGCUUGUUCAUGUUGAAGAUUAUAUUCAUCAUUUCCUUUUAAUAUUUUUGAGAUCCUUUUAUUUUCUGCAUUAAUAUUAUAGGCUAAACACAAUUUUUUUGGAUGUUCGUGUUACGUGUUUAGUGUUGGAAUGAGAACGAUUCGGUGUAAUUGAUGCUAAAUUUGGUGCAUUUUAGUAUCGUAGCCAUUUAUUUUAUCGUGCAUUUGAUUAAUAAACUCUAAUGGCAACAAACAUAAGAGCUCAAUCAAUGAAGGGACCACCAGAGAGAAUCACAGAGGAGCCUAUGACCCUUAAAAGUUCGUUAUGUACAGUAUCAAGUGUCUUUUUAACAAACAUUGCAGGGUAUUGGAGAAAUGUUAGUGUCUUGUGGUGUAAAAAUAUGAUGAAUAUAUCUUUUAGCAUCAUAAUAGAUGGAUUUGAAGGUGAUUUGGAAACGCAGACAACAUGCAAGGUAGAGUUAAAGCCGUGGCAUUUUUGGAGUAGAAAGGGGUACAAAUCUUUUGAGAUAAAUAUUCAGCACAAACUAGCCGAGGAAUCCUACCACCAGCUCGAUAUAUAUUGGGAUCUCCGAUCUGCCAAGUUCUCUGGUAGUAGUCCAGAGCCAUGCUCAGACUACUAUCUAGCGCUUGUAUCUGAUGAAGAAGUAGUACUUUUAUUAGGGGACAACAAGAAAAAAGCGUAUAAGCGAACAAAGAAGCGACCAGCUUUAGUGGAUGCAAUUCAAUCCUUAAAGAAGGAAAUAGUAUAUGCUAAAAAGAGUUUUGCAACAAGGGCUCGUUUUACAGAGGGAAAAGGGGAGCAUGAUGUGGUGAUAGAGAGUUCAACUUCUGGACCCAAAGACCCUGAAAUGUGGAUUAGUAUUGAUGGGAUUGUUCUUAUUCAUGUUAAGAAUUUACAAUGGAAGUUUCGAGGAAAUGAAAUGGUAGUUGUUAACAAGACACCAAUACAAGUGUUAUGGGAUGUACACGCAUGGCUUUUUAGUAAUCCUGGAACGGGGUGUGGAUUGUUUGUGUUUAAACCAGGUGCGCCAGAAGUGGAAUUCGACAGGGAGGGAAGCAAUAGAAGCGGGAAUAGUGACAAUAGUUUUGGUAGUAUGUUUUACUCAACACAAAGUACGCAAACUAAAAUAGUUGAUUUUUGCCUUUUAUUACAAGCGUGGAAAAUUGACUAAAAUCUAUUAAUUAAUAAAUCAAUCAAUCAUGUUAUCUUAUGCCUCAAA